GCUGAGCCUGACCUGGAGUCGAAAAUGAACUGGGGGAGCUUUUAUGCCGUGAUCAGCGGCGUAAACAGGCACUCUACUGGGAUCGGACGCGUUUGGCUCUCCGUCAUCUUCAUUUUCCGUAUCCUGGUCCUGGUGGUUGCUGCUGAGAGUGUUUGGGGAGAUGAGAAGUCCGGCUUCACCUGCAACACCCAGCAGCCUGGCUGCAAUAGUGUCUGCUAUGACCAGUUCUUCCCCAUCUCACACAUCCGCCUGUGGGCGCUCCAGCUUAUCCUGGUCUCCACCCCCGCCCUGCUGGUGGCCAUGCAUGUGGCCCACCGCCGCCACAUUGAAAAGAAGAUCCUAAAGCGGGCAGGCCGCAGCAGCCCCAAGGACCUAGAACACAUCAAGAACCAGAAGUAUCAGAUCACCGGAGCUCUGUGGUGGACAUACAUGAUCAGUAUCAUCUUUAGAAUCAUCUUCGAGGUGGCUUUUCUCUACAUCUUCUACUUGAUCUAUCCUGACUUUAAGAUGGUGCGUUUGGUGAAGUGUGACUCGUACCCCUGCCCCAACACAGUGGACUGUUUUGUCUCCAGACCCACAGAGAAGACCAUAUUCACUGUGUUCAUGCUGGCAGUGUCUGGUGUGUGUGUGCUGCUCAACCUGGCUGAGGUGGUGUACCUCAUUAGCAGGGCUUGCAAACGGUAUUUCCAUGGCUCUGAGGAAGAGUCUAAAGGAGCUUGGAUAAGUCAAAGAUUGUCAUCUUACAGGCAAAAUGAAAUCAAUCAGCUGAUAGCAGAUCAUUCUCUUAAGUCCAAGUUCACUGUGACCAAAAAGGGCCCGACUGAGAAGGGUGAGAGGUGUUCUGCUUUCUGAGACUCUGCCUUUCCCAUUCC